UAUCCUUGUUUGUUUUACUUCAGAAGCUUUAUGCACUGUGGAAAUCAGCUUGUCCUAACUCCACACCUGACCACUGGAAAGCCUUUCAUCUAUGCGACAGGAAACUUUCUUUCGAUUCCACAGCCUUGUUGCACUUGUUCAGACUUCCUAGAACUCUCUGGAGCUAGUGUUUUUAUUAUUUAACUCUGCACAACUUCCCCUGAAACAGUCACCCAGCACAAACAAAGUCACUAUGCGUCACAUCCACGUGGACCUGGCUCGGAAAGAGCUUCCAGCCCAGGACGGGGAUCUACCUCUGCCUAGCACUCGGAGCGAGAGCCCUGAAUCUGAAGUACGUCGAGUCGUUCCCAGACCUUUUGGAGAAGAGGAGAUCAGGCUCCAGAAAGUCUACCAGCUAUCCAUCCUCUCCCAAAGAGGUGGUUUCGGGGAAAGUCAAGAGACUCUUCGGCCUGUCCGAGUAGGUAUGAAACGUAGCCCGAAGGGGAUGCCGGUUCCAGUUGCCAGUAAGCGUCCUCUCCAACAGGAUGAGGAUGACGACGAUGAUGAGUCCGAUGGGGAGGUGUUGUGUGGCUCUGGGGUGGAACCACUUUUUUGCAACUCGCUCCUUGAGCACAGAGACUCAGAAAUCCCUAGGUCACCUCCCCUUUCCCCUUCACAUCCACCGAUUCCUGGUCGCCGGCCAGCCCAGCACAACCACGACAGGCCCAUCCCGGAUGUCUUCGCCCCGCUGUCCCCAAAAUCUCCUCCUAUGGUGGACCCACAGGGCCCUCACUCCUUCUGGGGCCACUUUGAGGGAAGACCUCCCACACUUACUGCCAGAACCGAGGCCUCCACAGCAGGAAACAUCCCGGCUGGCUCCAGCGAUGAGCCAAGGGACGAAGGCCAUAACUCUGUCGACGUCAAGGGCAUGCUGUCUGCCACAGAGAGCAGUUGGGCACCUGUCCCAUUUUCAACACCAGCUGAAGCUGUCGAAUGGGGGACGACUUUUGAAUCUUCUCCUCCACCGGCAGAGACGAAGACCUCCUCCUCUAGCAGACUGAGCUCUCUUGAGAAAACACCAGUGGAAGCAAAUGGCCUGGUAUCAGGAUCAUCCAAUUCCUGUCCAGUGAAGAAAAGACUUCUCUCCUCUAGUGAUACAGGAGAGUCCUGCUCCGAGGAUGAGGGUCCAUCUACAUCAAAACGCAGUCGGCUGGCACUGUUGGCACCGGGGCUCGGAUUAGCAUCCUGUCGCAGCACUGAUGCCAAGGGUGCACCCUUCUGGAACCAUCUACUGCCAUUAGCAAGGGAGCACACAAAGACUGCUACAGACUGUUCAAGAUCAGGGAGAAGGCUCAAAGUAGGGAGUCGACUCAAAUCUCGACAGUUACGCAGUGGACGCCGAACAGACACCAGUCGCUCCUGUAGUUCAAUCUCCUCUUUAUCCUCCAUUAGCAGACCUCUUCUCGGCAACUUUGAGGAGUCAAUUCUGAAGGGUCGUUUUACUCCAUCUGGGCGGAUAGAGGGCUUCACAGCAGAGAUCGGGGCUAGCGGCUCCUAUUGCCCGCAGCAUGCCACCUUACCUGUGCAAGUGACUUAUUAUGACACCUCGGAGCACAGUGCCCCUUCUCCCUUCCUGGGGGUGAUCUUGCUAGAACCACUUGGAAAAAAAGGAUACAGCGUACCCAAAGCAGGGACAAUUCAAGUGACCUUAUUUAACCCCAAUAAGACUGUGGUUAAAAUGUUUUUGGUGACAUAUAAUUUUGGGGACAUGCCCGUCAAUCACAUGACCUUCUUGCGCCAUCGUAUCUUCCUGGUGCCUGUGGAUGAGGCGGAGGGGAAGGAGGGCUCACUGUCUGACAGGAAGAAGAUUCUCUGCUACUUGAUACACCUCAGAUUCCAGAGUUCCAAAUCUGGGAAAAUCUACUUGCACAAUGAUAUCCGGCUGCUAUUCUCCCGCAAGUCCAUCGAGGUGGACUCUGGGAUUCCUUACGAGCUGAAAUCUUUCACCGAGGUGCCAAGAAACCCCAAUUACUCCCCCAGAGUGUGAGAUCGGGAUGCCCUGCAUUAAAAAAUAUUGCAAGACAAGAGACCCCUAUACACUUGAACACAGACACACUCAUACAUGCAUACUCAGACACACACACAGAUAUCACACCCUCUUGAGGACCAGCUCUAGAACUGAGUGUCUAACAUGCAUGCCUUGUGACUUAAUUGAGUUUUCCUCUAGUGCUGUUUAAACAGUUAAGCUUUGCCCUUGACUCUGCCUGCACCUGCCUCAUUGUGGAUCAGUUGUAUCCAUGUCCACCAACCCGCUCUAUUCUUAAAUGUUGGUGAUGGUCAGUAUAUACAGACUUCCUCGAUCAAAGAGGACUGAUGUUGAAUGAGAAUGUAUGGAGGCAAAGCAAAUGGAAAAAGAGACAUCCGAGGACCAGAUUGGAGUUUCAACAGUGGACAUCACCUGUAACUUGUCUAUUGUAGGGGAUAAGAAAGUUCUAGAAAGAAAGAGACCAGUGGAACAGAGGACUGAAGGACGUCCAUUCAGUAUCGGCAUUGUGCUUGUAAUACAUGGGUCGUGAAGAGGAGAAUAACUCAUUAUUUUGGACAUUUUCUCUUUUUGGAUGGGCAGUUUGGAGGAAAUUGCUGUUCCAACUUCUUCUUCUGAACAGUCCAACAUCAGAGCAUAAAGCAAACUGUAGUAUUUAUGUUCGCAAAUGUCUUAAAAAAAAAAAGCAAUAUGCUGCACAACUAGACUAAUUUCAUUUUUUUGGAGGUAGUAGGUGCCCUCUCUGUUAGGAUGGAGGGAAAAGAUUGCCAAGUGAGUGAUGGAGGGAACGGGUGGGAAUUUAGGGUAUUUAAAAUGUUCUUGAUGUAUAUUUUAAAAAUUGAUUAAACUCUGCGACUUGCGGGUGAAACUAGUGUUUGACCGUA